AUGGAAGAGUGCAUGAGUAAGACGACAGACUUGCUCAUCAGAUGGAGAAAUGAAACACAGACCCCUAACUACAACCCCAUACCAACGUUGAUCGAAUUAUGUGAGUUAUUUGAAGAAGAAAUCAAGAAUUAUACUAUGAAACACCAGGAUCCAACUGAUGAACGCCAUCCAUCUGAAAUAGAUCCAACUGGUGCAUUGAAUCAGAUGUAUAUGAUUCUGUUUGACGAAACAGAUUUCGUGGAUAAAUUAGUAAUGGUUUACUUAAAAGAAAAUGAUUGGCCAACUAAUGAUUUAAAUGUUGCCGCAUGUAGGCUUAUAACAAACCUCAUUCAUCAUAACGUGAUACCCCAUUUAGAAACACCUGAUGUUUUGAAAAAUCAUGAACUUAUUGAUAGUCUAUUCAGCUGGUCAGAAAAUACUAGUGAACCAUUGAAAACUUAUGCAACGAGAAUAUUGGCAUCUUGUAUGGAGUUACAAUUGAUUUAUGAUGAAUUAAAGGAACGUAAUAAUAAACUUGUACCAUUUAUAUUGGAUCGUCUACAUUCAUAUUAUAUUCAGUUUUGUGAAAAAAAUGAAAUCAAUCAAAGCACACAGCUAUAUCAAAAUACAAAUAGUGAUCAGUCCAAUGAUUAUACAGGUGCUCCAUCUCUAAAAACAAGAAAAAGAGAAAAAAAUGGUAUUUGUAAUUCAUCGUCUAUUGAGUCUAAAGGAAGCAACUGGAUACAAAUCUAUCCUCCUACAUUGGCAACAAAAUUAGUAUACUGUCUCAAAUAUUUAGUAUCAAUUGGAAAAAAUCAAGAGUUCUUAAGCCAUGCCUCAUUAAAAUACUUGGCUGUUCUUUUAUGCCAUGAAAAAAUUGCCACAAAAUUUAUUGAUGCUCAAGGAUUACAAAAAUUACUUUUAAUUCCGAAAUCUAGUAUUCUAUCUAAUGGUGUUUCAAUUUGCUUUAAUUAUUUAUCAUAUUGCGAGGAUGCAAUGGAAAGGAUUUGUCUUUUAUCUCAACCUGUCCUUAUUGAUCUUGUAAAGUAUGGACUUUGGAUGUUAGAGUGUUCUUCUGAUGCCAGUAGAUGUCAUGCAACUAUGUUCUUCAAUUAUAGUUUUCAUUUUAGAGUUAUUCAAGAAAUAUUUGAUAGCCAUGAUGGAUUACGUAAGAUGUUUAAUGUGGCUAUUACAGCGCCUCUUCUUCUAUCUCAAUGCACAGAAUCUAGUUUUGAUAGUACUAAAUAUUCUCCAAGACAAAUUUAUCGUUGUGUCUGUGCUGGUUUUAAACAUUACUUUGAAGCACAUUUAUAUAUAAAAGCACAGAAAUUACGUAGAGAAAAAAUUGGAGAUUCUGUUCAAAUUAUUCCAUCAACAAAGUCUACAAAACAACCUCGUGCUAAAGUCCAAGAAGAUAUAGAGCUAUUAUCAAAUGGUUUGUCUUUGGAAGACCAUUGGACACCAAUUGAUCAAUUUCUUAAAUUGGAUGGAUUAAGUUUUUUAUUGAAAAUAAUCAGUGUCGCCAGAAAAGGAAAUUUUUUCGUAACAUGUGGAGUCAUUAAAAACGCACUUGAAGUAUUAAACAUAUGUGCUGUAUUGCCAAAAGUUCAAUUGGCGUUAUGUAAAAUACCAUCACAUUUUGAAGUUCCUCAAAAUGGUAUCUCAAUAGUGGAAGAAGAUGAUUCACAAACUUAUUAUAUCAAUUGCGGAUUGGAUCUUCUUAUAAAAGCAGCAAAAGGAGAUCAUUUCGAUGCUGGUAUUCAAAAAGCUGCACUUUCUGUCAUUAUAACUUGUGUUUGUACAGAAAUACAUAGGGAAGGUAAUGAAGCUGUGAUUGAAAAAAGUUGGGAUUGUAUUAAAAAAAAGGAUGGAAUUAUGGUUUUACUUAAUUUAAUUACUAUACAAACACCAAUUGAUGAUGCUGACGCUAUCCGAGGAUUAGCAAGUUGUGCAUUAGCUGGAUUGGCUCGCAGUGAAUCAGUUCGCCAAAUUUUUAGCAAAUUGCCUUUAUUUAGCAGUGGUGAAUUACAAAGUUUAAUGAAAAAUCCUGUAAAGCAAGUAAAUCUUCAAGAACAUGCAACAUUUCAAAAAUAUGGUUCAAAGUUAAUAGAAUUGGUUUCGGGGAAAACAAUAAGUUAUGGAGUUGAAAUAGAAACAUCAUUGGCAACUAUUAAUUGGGCAAACGUUGUUGCACAAACUAAAAUUAAUUUUUAUGAGCAACAAUUGAACCUUUUAAUGUACCAACAUUUAAUGGAAAAAGGUUAUUUCACAACUGCAAAAUCAUUUGUACAAGAUGCAAAUCUUAAUAUAGCUGAGAACAAGUCUUAUUGCCAUAAUUGGUCGAUUGGAGGAGAAAUAUUCCCAAUAAGUUCUAGAACGAUUCAGAACCAAAAAUCUGAAUUAGCCAAUCUAUCAAAUGGUCCUUUAGGUUCUGAAUAUAGUGCCAAAAGAAUAUUUGGAAUAUCUUUAGCAAAUGUAUCAAUUGUAUUUAAUUUAUCUAGACGAUCAGAAAAUCAUCCAAAAUUGGAGUCAGAACAAGAACUUAAGUCACCUAUUUCUAAAUCAGUUCACAAAAAAAUUAACCAAGAUUUAACAUUACUUACUGGUAAUGGUACUAACUCAAAGGUUAGCUUAAAAUCUAUUGUUACAGAAUACUUAACCAAUCAACAUGCUUCAUGUAAACAUCCUAUGGUUACAUGUCCUCAAUUCAACUUAUUUCUUCCACACAAAUGUCCUGGUCCUAAUCCAAGGAGCUCAAUGUUAAAAAACUUUGCAAUGCGAUUUUCCAAAAACAUACAUUCUAGAAAACUAAACCAAAGACUCAUACACAGUCGUUUUUGUCCAACCCGCUGUUUUACCUUGGAUGAUGAAUAUUCAAAUUUAACUUGUUGCGAGUUUUUAAGCCACAAUCGUAUUGCUAUUGGAACAGCCUAUGGUAAAAUAAGAGUAUUCAAUUUAUUUACUUCUCAAGAAGAAUUAUCAUUUCUAGCCCAUGAGUAUGAUAUUAAAUACUUACAAUGCAGUAAUGAUGAAAGGAUAUUGUUAUCAUCUGCGACAUGGGGAAGGUCUUUAACAUCUGUUUGGUCUAUAACUGAAAAUACAAUCAAUACUAAAUAUUCUUUAGACAAUGAAAAAUACUGCACUUUUAGCAAUUAUGACCAAAAUAAAAUACUUGGGACUAGAGAAAAAAUAGCAACAAUAUAUGAUUUAGAAACUAGUAAAAGAAUAUUGUCAUUAGUGCCAAGAUAUUCAAAUGAGUAUAGAAGAAAUCAAGCAGUAUUUGAUGCUACAAAUAAAUUAGUGCUAUCUGAUGGUGUAUUAUGGGAUGCCUUGGCUGGAAAAGAAAUCCACAAGUUUGUUAAAAUGAAUGAAUUUGUGAGUGGAAUUUUCCAUCCAAAUGGACUUGAGAUUAUAUCAAAUACAGAAGUCUGGGAUAUACGCACAUUUCAGUUGUUGCGAACAGUUUCAAGUCUUAAUCAAUGUGAUGUGAUAUUUUCCAAAUCAGGAGACGGGAUGUAUGCUUUUUAUAACAAAGAUAAAGAAAUUAAAUGGUCUGAUAAAACUUCAUUUAAAACUUUAGAUCCUAAUGACUAUUCAACCACUAUUGAUGUUGAAGAAUCAAUAUAUCAUAUGGCUUGCAAUAGUUCUGAUACUCAAAUAGCUAUUGUUGAGUAUCUAGGAGCGCCUGCCAAUAUUAAUGAUUCAAUUGUACAAUUAUAUGAUGUUGGUAGAUCUAGAACCAAAGAUGAAGCUGUUGAAAAAGAAGAUGAUGACCUGAAAAAUUACAUGUUUUGUAAGUAUUUCGAUCAUUUAUUUCUUUGUCUUGAAAUGAUAGCUGGAGGAAUGGAAGCAGAUGAGAUAAAUGAUCAUUUUUCAAGUGGUAACUGUAGGAAUAGCAGCUUGUGA